GGCUCAGCAAGUCCCAUUCUGCGCCCCUUAGCGCUGGUGCUGUCUCCUUGGAAACGUCAGCUAACCGUGGCAACGCUUGGAAGGAAGAGCCUGCGCCAUGCAGCCUCCGGAAAAAAAGAAAAGUCUCUUCACCAUUAAGACUCCCCAAUUCCAGCUCCAGGAUUAUGACCGCUGGCAGCAGACAAAGAGGAGGCCCACAUUCAACCUGCCUGAUAUUAAAGGCGAUGUUGCUUCAGAAAAGCAGAAAUCAAAGAAGAAGAUUAGUGCUGGAUUAGACAUUUUCCAAGGAAGGUCUAUAGCAUCAGGGCCUUUUGGCAGUCCAGGGAAGAACAGUUCACAGAAGAUGUCUGGGAAAGAAACGGAGCCAGAAUACAUCCAAACCAACAUCCAAAUACUCAAAGCAAUGCUUAAGUUCAGGCGGGCCUCACUAGAAGAACUGAAAAAGCAUGUUGGCUCCCUCACAAUAACCAACCAGGAGCUGGCAAAAAAGAUCCAGGACAUAGAAGCCAGAACCACAGGGAAAGUGCGGAAGCUUCUGCAGCAGCAGGAUUUGUUUGGGACUCUCAUUAGCACCCUGGACUUUGCAAGUCAUAAGGAAAUGGAAAGAAUAAAAGACAAACUCCAGAAGUGGGAAACACAGGCAUCAAUCAAACUGAAUGAAUUGCAACGGCAGAUGACAAAAGUGAAAGCUAAAAUUCAUAAGACCAAAGAGGAGCUGAAUUUCCUGAGCACCUACAUGGACCAAGAGUACCCAAUUAAGUCUGUGCAGAUUGAAAACCUUAUGCGCCAGAUCCAGGAUGUGAAAGAUAAUAAUCAGGAAGACCUGGAGGAACUGGAGGAGUUGGGCAAGGAAGUGCUUCAGAUGUUGUCAAAAAAGCUGAUGGUGAAUUCAGAGCAGGUUUUAUAUGUCAUGGCCAAGAAAAUCAUCAGUCCCUAUCAAGUGGCUCUUAUGAAGAGGACCCUAAGUAACCAGCAACUUUUGAAGCAAAUGGUUCAAUUCAGAGUGCACAUUGACUAUAUGAAGGAGCAACUUCCUAAGCUGAAGGCAGAGGUGAAGGCUCUUGAGAGACAUAGAAAGCACCCUCGGGAGGUGAUCUUUGAAGAUAUCUUGCUCCGGAAACCCAAACCACAAAUGAAAAUCUGAAAGCGAAUCUCGACAGAAUCCAAAGCCCUAAUCAGGAAGCUGAAAUCUGAAGAGUCAGGAGACCAACAAAAGUCUUUAUCAGAGCUCAAGCUGAAGAGAAUAUCCCACUGAAGCACCAACUGAGAGAGAGAGCCCUUGCCAAAGAGCCAAGGAAGGAAUGUAUUCUUCUCCUCAGUCUCACCUUUUAUAGCCCCUUUUCCAUGUCACUUCCUGUCUCUCUCCCACUUCAUGGGAACCAAUCACAGCCUCCCAAUUUGCCUAGCACUGCCCAAGUUGGGACAGUGUUUGUGGCCUUUGGGGGUGUGAAAUUUUUUAAUUAAUUAAAUUAAAGGUUUCUGAUUGAUUACAUAAAAAAUAAACAAAGAGAGUUUAAUUCUGUCUUCACAAUUCCCCUUGUGAUUCUAUUGGGAGACAAGCAUGUUGAAAUCUCCCAGAUUUACAUGCCUAGUCUCCCCAGUGAACCAUUUCACAUAAUUAGCUUUUGUCUCUAAAGAUCUUUUGGCUAGAGGUGCAUAUGGUAUUGGCAAGCUAGCAAUACAAUAAUCAUAUUAUUUGUGGUAGCUAGAGAAAGAACUGUUGGAGUAGAAAUGCAGGAGAAAAUUUAUGAUGUAUCACUUGUUUAUAUGAGUAUAGGAUUGGGGUUUUGGUUUUAAAAGAUUACUAUAUUACAAAAAUGAAUAAUAUGGAAAUAGGUUUUGAGUGAUAAUACAUGUAUAAGCCAGUGGAAUUGUUUGUUGGCUUCAGGAGUGGGGAGGGAGACAACAUGAAUCAUGUUAUAAUGGUGUGUACGGUGAGAUUCAGUAUGUAAUUCUUAUAGUAUUUGGCUUGUUGUAAUCCCAAUUCUCAAGACCCCUUAGUGUUACUAUUCCUUGAACUAAAACUGCCUGCCCCCCCCCAUCAAACUUCUAGUAUUCCUGACCUAUUUUCAAAAAUAUUGAGAAGAGUUUAUCUGUACCCUGGGUGGAAAGCCAGACUAUAAGAUAAGCUGAAUGAGGGAAAGUACAGUGAGUUUCAAAAUUAUCAUUAUAGUUCCAGUCUGGGAAUCCCAUGUUAGUCACAGGUUUUCUUGAUCAUGGGGGUCUUUAGGGGAUACAUAAUGUUGAAAAUCACACACUCAAGACUGUAAAUGUACCCCCCCCCCCAUUGGACAGAGGGGAGGAGGAGAAUCUUGAGACAGGAUGAUUAUAAAAGUCUGUGAUUGUAUCUAAAAGAAGAGGGGACAUUUUUGCCCUGAGCAAGCCACAUGGGUGGGUAGAAUCCCUUUUCCUCUCCUUCCCCUCCCCUUCCUCAUUCCCCUGCUGUCUGCUGUUUUCUGUGAAUAAAGUCACUCUUCUCUGCCAA